AUGUCCCGGCUCUGCAAAAAGUCAAAGAUCCGGAAAACAGUCAAGGAAGCUGCUGGCGGCAUUCCAGUAACUGAAAAAGCAAGCACUCUGAUCUACCUCGACUACGUUUUAUUUCUUCAGAAAAUCCUUCAGGAAGCUGAUAUGGAAGCUGCGCGUAUGGGCGAUAAAACCAUCACUAGCCGCCACAUUGAAUCGUGUCUUGAGAAAUCUCUUAAAUCGUUUCGUGGAUAA